AUGUCUCGUUUGGUCUAUAAUUUAACCCUGAAUCGACUUACGAACGAACAACGCUUGCAAAUUAUUGAAUUUUACUAUCAAAAUUCAUGCUCGGUUAAGAGAGUGCAUCGAGCACUGCUUCCAAUUUAUGGACAAUUUGGUCGGCCUACUGAGGGAGCUAUUCGGAAGCUUGUGACUAAAUUUCGAACCCAGUUUACAUUAUUGGACAUUAAACCACCAACACGCAGACAUAGAGUGAGGACUGAAGAAAAUAUUGCGGCUGUAUCCGCCAGUGUUACUGAUGACCGUGAAAUGUCGAUUCGCCUCCGUUCGCAGCAAUUGGGCCUCUGUUACACCACUACGUGGAACAUUUUGCGACUGGAUUUGGGUGUAAAACCUUAUAAGAUACAGCUGGUGCAAGAAUUGAAGCCACACGACCUCCCACAACGUUUCCAAUUUGGUGAAUGGGCGCUGGCAAAGUUGGAGGAAGAUCCACAUUUUUAUCGAAAAAUUGUGUUCAGCGACGAAGCUCAUUUCUGGUUGAAUGGGUACGUUAACAAGCAAAAUUGCCACAUCUGGAGUGAAGACCAGCCAGAAGCAUUGCAAGAGCUACCAAUGCAUCCCGAAAAAAUCACUGUUUGGUGUGGAUUAUGGGCCGAUGGCAUCAUCGGGCCGUACUUCUUCAAAGACGACAAUGGCCGGAACGUAACUGUGAAUGGCGAGCGCUACCUUGCGAUGAUAAAAAACUUUUUUUUGCCCAAAAUGGAAGAGCUGGACUUGGCUGACAUGUGGUUUCAACAAGACGGUGCCACAUGCCACACCGCACACGAAACAAUGGCCCUAUUGAGAGGCGAGUUCGGUGAACAGUUUAUCUCACGUUUGGGGCCCGUCAAUUGGCCGCCUAGAUCGUGUGAUUUAACGCCGUUGGACUAUUUCUUGUGGGGCCAUGUUAAGGCUAAUGUCUACAGGGAUAAACCAGCAACGAUUGACGCACUGGAAGCUAAUAUUGAAGCAUUUAUUCGUGAGAUACCGGCCGAUAUGUUGGAUACCCGCAAAUUGGAGACUGUGUGUGGUGUUAGUCGACUUAAUGAAGACGAUUUUGAUUUUCAGCCACAAAAAUUAAAUGUUUGGACUGACGCCAUAGAUCCUGCAUUAACAGCCAUAAUUGAAAAUCAGAAUGAUCGGCGGUACAUUGCGAAUAGGUUGAUGUUCCAACAGGAUACGCUUCCAGAUCGAUGGAUUGGUAGAAGAGAUGCCACUGAAUGGCCCCCAAGAUCGCCAGAUUUAUCACCUUUGGAUUUGUUUAAAAAAGUGAAAUUUCCAGCAUCCAUUAUGGUCUGGGGCAGUAUGUCAUCAAAAGGAGUAGGAAAACUUCAUUUUAUUGAUGGAAAUGUGUAUACAAACAAAUAUGUGGCAAUUUUAGAAGAAUCGCUUUUACCAAUGAUGGAAGAAUGUUUGACAUCCGGCCAAGAUUUUGUGUUUCAGCAAGAUGUCCAGUCACCUAUUGAAACUUUGUGGCACGAGAUGAAAAAGGUUCUACGACAACAUCCUGCUCGUACAAUCACCGAACUGAGACAAAAGCUUUAA